CUUAUUAAGGUUCCAGAUUCAAUCUCUUUUCGCCCACAACCUUCCAAUCCGAACUCUAAAGCAAUGUCCCGACGAUAUAUUACGGUUUUCGUCUGGCCGAAGAUCAUGAAUUCAUUUAGUCGUCAGAAGGCAUCCAUUCAGGCAAAAUGGAGUCUCAUAUCAAAAACCUGGCCUGGUUCCUUACAAUGUGUCUAAUAAGUGCCACCAAUUGUACAUACAGAGAUACGACCUCCAACACGAUCCAAAAACUACUCCACACCCUACAACCCGCUUGGGAAGUGGUCUCUGACGAGGUUCAGGCUAUUUUAUCGGCCACGCCCAAGCGGGGCUCUAGCCUCCUCGAAUUUUCACCCCAUGCAUCCCAAGGGAACUACUCGAAAUCUGAAGUAGGUGAUCCACUUUUCCUGACCCCAUUGUUGGAGGCCAAUAAAGUCAGUCAAGCCCGGAAGCAAGCCAAAGUGGGCGAAAUCUCGGCCAUCCCAUCUUACACCGGAUUCAUGACCGUGAACAAGAAUUUCAAUUCCAACAUGUUCUUCUGGUAUGUUCCCGCUGCGUUCAAUGCCGAAACUGCUCCAUUGGUUGUUUGGCUCCAAGGUGGUCCAGGAGGAUCCAGUUUGUUUGGAUUUUUCGUUGAGCAUGGACCUUUUUACGUGGACAAGGAGAUCAAUUUGAGAUUGAGACCCACUUCCUGGGCUCUGACCUAUAAUAUGUUGUACAUUGAUCAACCCGUGGGAACUGGGUUCAGCUUUACGGAGAGUGAGGAAGGUUACGCUAAGAACCAAGAGGAUGUCGCCAGGGACCUUUACGAUUUCAUGCAACAGUUCUACAAAAUGUUCCCAGAGCUUCUCCAGAAUGAGUUAUACAUCACGGGCGAGUCCUAUGCAGGCAAAUAUGUCCCCGCUAUUUCGUAUAAGAUCCAUCAGGAGAACAAGAAAGGAAACCAGCCCAAGCUGCCUUUAACCGGUUUGGCCAUUGGUGAUGGGCUAUGCGAUCCUGAGAACCAACUCGCUUAUGGGGAGUUCAUUUUCCAAAUCGGUCUGGUCGACGAAAAAGACAGAGACAUUAUGAAGGACAUCAGCAAGGUCAUCAAAGGAUACAUCAGGGCCAAGGACUGGCCAAAGGCGGCUCGAGCUUAUGACAACGUGAUCGAUUACUUUGAGAAUAAGACCCAAUUGUCUUUUUAUUAUAAUUACUUGCUGUCUGAUCAACCUGACACGUUCACCUACUAUACCCAAUGGCUGGAAAAGCCAUCGGUGAGGAAAGAUAUUCAUGUUGGAAAGCUCAAGUACUCUGAUAUCUCAAUGACCGUUCAUCAAUAUCUGUAUGAAGAUAUGCCCAAAACCAUUAAGCCGUGGUUGGAAACUCUCUUGGAUGCCAAUUAUAAGGUCAUGAUCUACAAUGGUCAAUUGGACGUGAUCAUUGCUUAUCCUGCUACUGAACACUUUAUCGCCGAUCUGAAUUGGCAAGGAAAGUCACAAUACAAAGAAGCAUCUCGAUUAGUGUGGAAAGUUGGAGGAGAUGUGGCCGGAUAUGCACGUGAAGUGGGAAAUUUCAGACAAGUUAUGGUCAGAGAUUCCGGCCACAUUUUACCCUAUGAUCAACCUAAAUGGGCAUUUGACAUGAUGCAUCGAUUUAUUCAAGGAAAAUCGUUCGGCGAUAAGGCUUAGAAACCAAAUAGUCGAACAGGAAGGUUUUGUCUCGAAUUUUCAUGAGUUGUGUUCGUUUUGCCUUCUUCAAUAAAGCCAACCUAUUUUACCGAAUCAAAA